AUGCCUUCCAGUCCGCGCGACUUUCAUCCAGACGUGGAGACCAUAAAUUCCAUCAUGGAUAAGCAACCGAUCAGAAUGUUCACCCGCAACUGUAUCCCCCCCAAGGAUCCCCCUCCCGGAACCCUCGAGCCCUGUGUAUGGCGAUGUCCCGAAUGCAAGCAGGAAUACAGGAUCUCCGUCACAAGCCGCUGUAUUAAAUGCCCUUCAUACAACAGCAAACCCCCAUACAAGUACAUCUCAAGCGAUGAUCCAAAUGGCGAGUCUACUACAGAGACUAGACAACCUCGCAGAAGCCGUAAAUUCUCAAAACGUCCAUCUCCAUUAGUUUAUGAAUACGACUAUGAGUUCUGGGCCCAAUACAACGACUGGAAACGCUUUCGCUCAGAGUAUGAAGCCAACCCUAAGAAGUGGGAGCGCCGCAUCAAGCGCAAUUUCGACGGCAGGGGUAGUGCACAGCGCCGAGCGAAGAGAUACAAGGUCGAGGUCAUAACACGCACUUUGUUCACCGAGGACAGGCUGAAACGUAUGCUUAAAAGGAAGCAUAACUGUGAACUGGACUGUGACUAUCCCAGAAGAUACCCCCCCAAGACCACCAUCGGCGCGUUGCACCCCCCAUGGUAUGGUGAGGGUGAGGAAAAUGCAGGUAAGUUGCCCCUUUGUGAGCUUUUACCACAGUUCGAUCAGGAGAUAACAAGUCCUGAAGACAUCGAUGAUGAAGAUGAGAUAUUCGCGGCGUAUAAGAGGGAUGUUGAUGCUUGGAACUCGUAUUUCCGUGUCUACCUAAUCCAGUCCAUCAGCACAGCGGUUCCGUGUCGCAUCUCAUACCAGACCAGACACCAAGGUGAAAACACAACUGUUGUACACAGCUCGCGCAAGUCAAAUAGCACAGGGCAUUUCGUCAUAACGUGA